CGGAAGUCGCGCACAGACCAUAGAGAGGAAGGCCUGGCUAGAAAGACACCAGCCGGGCCGACCAACGGGACCGUGGCCUAGAGCGUCGGUACCUUGGGCUAGGGAAGCGAGGGUCUUGCUGUGGAAUCCCGUGCGGCUGGAUUCUUGACUAGGAGCUCGCUUGAGAAAGUUACAAGCCGCUCUAAAAAGCGUAGAUUCUGAAGAGAAACUAUGAAGUUUUAUCAGGCUUUCAGGUUUGUGCGUUGGAAUCCUUCAUUACCCUCUCUGCUGUGAAACAGUCUGGGAAGGAGUCUUUUGGAACAAGAAAAAUACAGAGCUAUGGCCAAAAUGACGCCCCCACUAGCUGCAAAGGGAAUGCGGGUGUCGGUGACUGUGCAUGCUUUCCAGCUGUAUCCUGGCAAGUGGAUCGGGCCCUUUCUGAAAUGAGUUCACCUUCCACCCCCAACAUCCCAUCCAUAUCCCUCAUUUGUGGGUUCUCGGGAAGAGCCUGGCAGAUGGCCGCAUUAACUUCAAGUGCUGGUGUCAGAUUUACCUUUGAGCUAGAACUUACUUGAAACCACAUCAGCCUGAGUUGGCAGAAGCCGGAUGCCCUCACAUAGCACCAGCUUCCAUCCUGCAAACUCUGAAGCCGGGUCUGAAAGAGAUGCUUGAGUUUAUUCUCGCCCUUCCUCAUUUUACAGAUGAGAAAAGUGAAACACACAAAAGAUUCGCUCAGGGUGUCGGUGAAUUGGCAUCAAAGCUAGAGCCUAGAAUUCAGAUUCCGUAACAUCAGCCUUUUAUCAUAAUCAUGAGGGCCCAGCCUUUAGAGUAAUUGCUAGCAUGUGUCCUGCAUAAAGACAGGAUAUUUAAACUCAUUCCUGACCAUCACGACACUGGUUUGCUAACUCAAUCCCGGCACAUGAGAUAGUCAAAAUACAUUCUUGCCAUCUAGAAUUCGUGGCUUUAACCACUCGGUUAAACACUGCUAUUGCUAGCACUACUUAGCUAAGUCAAACUGUGCUUAAGACAUGUAAUGAGAGCCUAUUGUUAAUGCAGCACAUUUCUAGGAUUUGAGGAAACCGUUGAAGAUGGUUGAAACAGUUCCAGCCUUUCAGAAGCAUAUACCCUAACCAAAGAUUUGAAUAACCUGGGGGUAGAAAAGAAAAUUCAGUAAUUUCUAUACAACAAGGAUGGUUUCAGCCACUGCGGCCAACUGCAGUUAGAAGUAAGUGAAUUUCCACUUUGCAGUGGUGCAAACCUGUAAUCGAAACACUCGGGGAGACUGAGGCAGGAGGACUGUGAGUUUGAGGCGUAACAACAUAGCAAGUUUGAGAGCCAGGGAACACAAUGAGAUUCUGGAGGACAGAGAGGAGGGGAUGGUAGGAAAUACGUGAGUCUUCCUCCCAGGAGACACAGGAACCCUUUCUGGUGCUGUUAGGUGGAAAUCAGCAGACGCAGGCUCAGGUGGAUCAGCUAACUCAGGAAUGGGCCCCUACAAGGGGUUUUGGAGAAUACGACGCAGCUGAUGAGCUGUGGUAGACACACAGGCAUAAGAGAACAGAAUAGAAACAGUAGACAGAGUGCAGAUAAAGCAUGAGUCCCAGAGGGCCCUCGCCAGCUGCAUCCCAGGCAAUCUGGAGCCCGCAUUGGAGACCCCACCCCUGCUGUGACAUCACAGGGGAGUGGAGUGAAGACGAAUAAAAAGGUGGUCCGCCGCCCUGGCCCUAGACUGUUGGCAGCCAGAGUAUCAAGAGGAGAGAGACUAGGCACUGACUACAAUUGCCUGGCUUACAGGAUCUGGCUGUAUUCCUCAGGUCCCACUAAGUGGCCAGUUCAGGCCUUGAUCUCUUUCUCCCUGCCCUGAGGUCAUCUCCUUGGGCUGCCAUCUACCGCCCUUCUGAGUGGCUGGGAGCACCCUCUCAGUAUGAACUGUAUAUCAGACUUCUUCACCUACGAGACUACCAAGUCUGUGGUUGUGAAGAGCUGGACCAUUGGGAUCAUCAACCGAGCUGUCCAGCUGCUGAUCAUCUCCUACUUUGUGGGGUGGGUUUUCUUGCACGAGAAGGCCUACCAAGUGCGGGACACAGCCAUUGAGUCCUCAGUAGUAACAAAGGUGAAAGGCUUCGGACGCUAUGCCAACAGAGUCAUGGACGUGUCAGAUUAUGUGACCCCACCCCAGGGCACCUCUGUCUUCGUCAUCAUCACCAAGAUGAUCGUUACUGAAAAUCAAAUGCAAGGAUUCUGUCCAGAGAAUGAGGAGAAGUACCGCUGUGAGUCUGACAGCCAGUGUGGGCCUGAGCGCUUCCCGGGUGGGGGGAUCCUCACUGGCCGCUGUGUGAACUACAGCUCUGUCCUCCGGACCUGUGAGAUCCAGGGCUGGUGCCCCACCGAAGUGGACACCGUGGAGAUGCCCAUCAUGAUGGAAGCUGAGAACUUCACUAUUUUCAUCAAGAACAGCAUCCGUUUCCCUCUCUUCAACUUCGAGAAGGGAAACCUUCUGCCCAACUUGACAGCCAAGGACAUAAAGACAUGCCGCUUCCACCCUGAAAAGGCCCCGUUUUGCCCCAUCUUGAGGGUAGGGGAUGUGGUUAAGUUUGCCGGGCAAGAUUUUGCCAAGCUGGCCCGCACGGGUGGAGUUCUAGGCAUUAAGAUUGGCUGGGUAUGUGAUCUGGACAAGGCCUGGGACCAGUGUAUCCCCAAAUAUUCCUUCACUCGACUGGAUGGAGUUUCUGAGAAAAGCAGCGUUUCCCCUGGCUACAACUUCAGGUUUGCCAAGUACUACAAGAUGGAGAAUGGCAGCGAGUACCGCACACUCCUGAAGGCUUUUGGGAUCCGCUUUGAUGUGCUGGUGUAUGGGAAUGCUGGCAAGUUCAACAUCAUCCCUACCAUCAUCAGCUCCGUGGCCGCCUUCACUUCUGUGGGAGUGGGGACUGUUCUCUGUGACAUCAUCCUGCUCAAUUUCCUCAAAGGGGCCGAUCACUACAAAGCCAGGAAGUUUGAGGAGGUGAAUGAGACAACACUGAAAGGCACCGCCUCUACCAACCCAGUGUUCCCCAGUGACCAGGCCACUGUGGAGAAACAGUCCACAGACUCGGGCGCCUACUCCAUCGGCCACUAAGACCUCUUCCCAGGGUCCCAUGCUCACCCUUAGGCUGCAGAACCUCCAAUGGGUGGCUCUGCCUGUCUGGGCAGAUGGGGUGGGUUGGGGGAAGGGGCUCUCAUUUCUGCUGCUCACCCAAAAGACCACAGGCAGGUAUCUAGGCCCUCACUGUUCAGCAGACAGGUAAUUCUUCCCACUAAGAUCUGAAUCUUGCCUUUUCCCCUUGCAUGCCUCCCAUCUGCUUCCCAGAGUCCUGGGGGCAGUGGUACCCAUCCCUUUGCAAAGGAUAGAGAAAAUAGUUGCUAGGGUAACACCGUAGGGGCCUACCAAGUACCAGGCACUUCCAUACACGUUAUCUCAUUGAGUCCUUAAAAUAAUCCUAUAGGAUAUGUUUCUGAUUUUUGUUUUUGAAGAGAAGCAAAGGCUCAGGGAGACUGAGUCAUUGCCCCAGGCCACAUGUCCAGAAAAUGAGACUUAUACCCAGGCCUAACUCCUUUGCCCACAUCUGUGAGGGAAGAAUGAACUCCCUAGGUGUGUGCCCUUAGUGUCAGUUGGCUUUCCCAUGGCUAGCACCAGUGAGCUUUCUCGGGAAUGCAGGCCCUACUUUAGGGGAUCCCAGUGACAUAGAAUAUAAACUCUCAUUUCUGACGUGGUCAAGUCCAGCUUCAGAAGGAAAUAGGAGGUAUUUCUGUCAGUGAAUUUUACCUUGCCUCACCCCAUAUCUAAAUAGUAGGAAUAGACCUUUAUUCUCCAGUUAGACCCUCACACACCUGGACCCUCACUCCAGAAUUCAGAUAGAACACACACACACACACACACACACACACACACACACACACACAUACACACACACACACACACACACGAGAGAGAGAGAGAGAGAGAGAGAGAGAGAGAGAGAGAGAGAGAGAGAGAGAGAGAACACAACAGGUGAGACAUGAUUUUUAAACCUAGCACACCCCAGGACAUUGUUGGAAAAGCCUGUUAGGAACUAGGGAUGUAGCUGAGUAGGUAUAGUGCUUGUCUAGCAUGUAUAAAGAAAGCCCUAAGGCCAACCUCUAUCAUAUAUACACCAGGUAUGGUGACACACACCCAUAAUCCCAGCACUCAGGAGGUGGAGAUGGGAUACAGCCUGGGACCCAUGAAAAUGUCGCAAAAAAAAGAAGUGGGGUGCACAAUGAAAUCCAAUACCCCGUGAGCAUUCAGCCAGGUCAGCCAGGCCUGUUCCACAGGAUCCUAACAGGUGACGAGUUAGGAGCAAAGGGGCCCUCUGAAACCAGCAUGUUCAACCCUCUUGCUUACAGAUCAUCAACACUGAGGCCAGAGAUGGAAAAUGGCUUGCCUUGUGCCAUAGUGAGGGAACAAGAGAGAACACAGGUGUCCUGUGCUCAGAGCAGAAGUCAAGUCCACCUUGCCCCCAUUGGCUCAGAUGCCCUGUCUUCUUUCUGGGCUUUCAAAGAAAAGGAGAGAGUGAGAGGAAGCCCUAACUCCCACAGGGCAAAGCUCGGGAACAGAUCAGAGUUUGUGAAAGAAACAACUUGAGAGGCUUUUUUGAUUUUUUUUGGUUGGUUGGUUUUGAUGAAAAGACUUUGCUAUGUAUCCCUGGCUGGUCUCAACCUUUCCCCAGUAUUGGGAUUUACCAGCAAGCGCCAUCAUCCAGCUGGGGGCAUCUGUUUAAAAGCAAUACAGAAUUAGGUAUCAAAGAGGUUCAUGCAAGAGAGUAGGCCUGAGGUAUAAGUUUCCUUAGUGUCAGAGCCAAUCUCCUCUGGGAAUGUGGGUGUGAUGAUGAGGUCUUAGCAGAGUUGAACAUACAUGUAGACAGAGGGCUGGCCCCUCACCAGAAUGUACAGAGAGAUGAGGGGGAGGAGGAGUCUAGGAGUACCUUGGGGAGGCUUCUACAGGAGUAAUUGAACAGACACGACCCCAAUGAUCCCCACCCUGGGAGGAGAAGGGGUAAAAGUCCUCCCACCAGGUUAAUCAGCCCUCCCCUCACUCUGCUUGCCCACAGCCCCCAUCGUUAUGGGCAAUGGGAUGCUGUCUCCCCAGCACCAGAGUCAGGCCCUGGGUAGUAUCAGGAGACCUCGCCAGGCUUCAUCUCUCCAGCAGAGACAUCAGCAAGGGAAACAGCACAUCCUCCAAGAAGGAGGCACACAGCCCACUUUGAGCUAAGGCUGAGUUCACAGAGAUGCUUCCCAGGAGCAGAUGAGGCACUAUGUCCUAGAAGGCAAUGGUACCCCAGACUAGGAUAAUCCUCCCCUAGAGGCCCAAGCCUCUUCUGGACCUUCCAGUAAGUGUGUAAACCCAUUCUCUACUCCCUUUGUCUGAAUCAAGUCCUAGAUGUAGGCCAGUAGUAGAAAUUACAACAGCCAGCUUGUAUCUGA